AUGGCCGACAGAUUCCCCUCAUUGGAAGACUUCAACGAAGGUCAAACCGAAGUCGUCAACAACGACGCUGCCGAUACCGAUGACUUCCUUGCUCGCGAACGCGCUGCGCUAGGCGACGAUGCCGACCAAUUCGCUACACCCAACGAUCAGGCUGCAACUGUAGAGGAUGAUGAUCUAUUGGGAGGCAACGAUUAUGUCCCACAGCAAGGUGGUGCGGCAGAGAUCUCUGGUUUUGAGUCAUCGUUUCCUGCGAUUGAUACACAGAACGAGGCCGUUGCGCCCGGUGGAACCAUUACUGGCACCGGCUCCCCUUUCCCAGCCACGGGCUACUCUAGCUAUACUCAACCCGAAGAAGAAUCAGACGCUGUCAAGGAAUGGCGAGCGCGCAGAGACGCGGAUCUAGCCCGCCGAUCUGAAACUUCCGCAGAAAAGAAAGCCGCGACCAUCAAGAAAGCACAAGAAGAUAUUGACGACUUUUACGUAUCCUACGGCAACCGUUCCGACAAGGCUCGCGCCCAAACCCGCAAGGAAGCGGAGGAAUUCCUCGCCAACAGAGAAGACACAUCUGCCGGCGGAACCAGCUGGGAACGUAUCGCCAAGUUAGUGGACAUAUCCGGCAAGGGUGUCAAGGGCGGUGCUAGCGGUUCUGGAAAGGAGCGCUUCCGUGAGCUUUUGCUUGACUUGCGAAAAGACGGUAAUGCUCCUGGUGCGACUGGAGUGUAA